GCCUCUCAUUUUCCUGAUCACAACAACGAAAUCACGAUGCACCCACGUUCUAUUGCUGUUCUCUUCUCUCUCAUCGUCGCGCUCUGCUCGUCGGCGACCCCCAUUACUCCACGGGGAACUGGCUGCCUAGAUUGCAUCGACGGAGAUUUUCAUGACUCGGAGCUUGCCCGUGGUAUAAUCAGUGCUCGUCAGAAUCAGAACGAGAAGAAGAAACAAGGAGGCCAACAGAACAAGAAAAAGGGAGGGCAGAAGAAGGGCGGGAAACAGGGGAAGGGACGGAAGCAGCAGGGCGGAAAGAAACAACAAGGUGGAAAAAAACAACAGGGCGGGAAGAAGCAACAGGGGAAGAAGCAGCAGGGCGGGAAGAAGCAGCAGGGAGGAAAGCAGCCGCCGAAAGCUGGCAAUGGGCAGAAUCAGAGCAAGGGGAACAAUAACGCGGCCACCCAGACCAACCAAGAUGCCCAAAAGUCUCUCACACUUGAGAAGGACGUUAUUUGCAACAACUUUGCCGACAACGGACAGAACCCACCUGUAGCCGGGCAAACUGCCUCCCAAACGACUACCAACAACUGGAUUAACUUCUGCAAGCUUACACUGCCCGGUGUCAAGCUCACCAAUGGCCAACAAAUCCGCGAAGGGUCGUGCAACCCGACUCCGAUGGGGCUGAUUCCCUCUGCCGACAAGAUGCCUUCCGCCAAGUUCAACUUCCCCAAGAAUACGGACGUCAUCAACGCCAAUGUUCCAUUCAACGCGUCGCUGAACAUCCGCAACUUCGAGACUGGCUUAUUCACCAACGCGCAGAAGACCUAUUUCUCAGCACCCCAAACGCUGAAUAAGAAAGGCGAAAUCCGAGGUCAUACCCACAUAGUUAUGGAGAAAAUUCAGAGUCUGGAUCAGAUCUUACCGACAGAUCCAACCAAAUUCUUCUUCUUCAAGGGCGUCGAUUCUGCUGCUGAGAACGGCGAGGCCAUUGCAUUUGUCAGCACCGGCGUGCCCGUGGGAUUCUACAGGAUGUGCUCUAUCAACACGAGCACGAACCAUGCGCCUGUCGUCGGCCCCAUUGCACAACAUGGCUCCUUCGACGACUGCGUCUACUUUACUGCCAAAUAA